AUGGCCAACUUGAAUACCGCGCCCACUACUCGCUCGCGCACAUUACUCUUCUUCUCAUACCGUGACUCUUCUGCUCGCCCGAAGCGCUCCAUAAAUCACUCGCAAUAUGAUGCGUAUACCCAGGAGGGUGACGAGGCCGAAGGGCUCAUGAGUGCGGGCGCGGGCCCGUCAACCAUUUCUCUCGAUAAUGACCUUCCACCGAAAUGGGCAGAUUACGCAGAUCAAGUGCAGGAGAUCCUCGCCGCCACCCAGGCGAAGAUCGCCGCGCUCGACAAACUUCACGCGAAGCAUGUGCUGCCAGGCUUCGCGGACCGCUCUGCUGAAGAACGCGAAAUAGAGGCCGCUACCACGGACAUCACAAAGGACUUUAGACGCUGUCAAGCGCUCAUACAACGCAUAGAGCCCGCGACAUCCUUUCCACCUACUGCCCAAGGCCGACGUAACGAUGCGCUUGCGGCAAAGAAUACCCAGCGCGGGCUCGCAGCCAAGGUGCAGGAACUCAGUGCGACAUUCCGCAAGAAGCAACGGGUUUACAUGGAGAAGCUCCAAGGGCAUGCCAUCAAGAACCAGGACUUACUCGUCGCUUCAGGCGUGACAACAUUGCGGGGCUCAAACGCUGACGCAUUGUCCGCUGCUGACGAGGAUGUGCAAGCGUCGCUCCAAACCCAGUCACAGGCACAAGCACAGAGCCAGAGUCUCCUGCCAGACGAAGAAAUUCGAGCGCGUGAUCGCGAGCUGCAGAAUAUCACCAGAAGCAUCGCUCAACUCGCCGAACUCUUCAAGGACCUGAGUGCUCUCGUCAUCGAUCAAGGCACCUUAUUAGACAGUGUCGAAUACAACAUCGAGCAGACAGCUGUCCAAGUUGGAGAGGCCGUGAAGGAACUCGAGAUCGCCACACGGUAUCAAGCAAACACCGGCCGGCGCAAAUGCAUCUUUCUACUCAUACUCAUCAUUGUCGGCCUCGUUCUUGUUCUAAUCUUCAAACCACGCCGACACGGCACUCCGUCACCGCCUCCGUCUGAUUUGCCAACAUCGGACACCAAUACACCCUCAGCGGAUGAUUCCAUACCUCCAGUAGAGAGCGCACUACGGAUGACUUUCCGCUUUGCCCGCGGUGGUGUAGCCGGCCUGCCCUGA